CCAAGCCAAAAGAGUAGCAGCCAAGCCAAGGUGGUGUCCAAUUGCCGUUAGUAGUCUUCCCUACAACAAACUGCCUUCAAAAACUUGGCGUUCAAUUCUUCUUUGGGCGCAAAAGCGCAAUUGUAUUCGUCAGUGUGAAUGCGUGCAUCACCAACGUGUCAGCCCCUCCUCUCUACCAAACCAUUUUUUUUCUUCCGAUUUUGAAUUAGGGUUUCUCUCGAUCUCGAUUCAAUCAAGGCCCACAGACACAGUAUCGAAUCCCAAUCGAAUCGAAUCAACAACCCAGCCGUUACGGAAUCAUUACUCCAUAUUUCAAACACCGAUUCUAUCUCCCCCAUUAAAUUCAUCGCUACAUUCAAUUCGUCAAUUUCCUUCUUGCUUUUCUCGCCCUUUCAGGAGAAGGGAUUAAAUAUAUCACUUUUUCUUUUGUUUGACUCUUGGAUGCGAAGAUGAAACCAGAUAUUUUGGAGGUUCAACCGCAAGAACUUACGUUCUUAUUUGAACUGAAGAAACAAAGCACAUGUUCUAUUCAAAUGAUCAAUAAAACCGAUCACCAUGUUGCUUUCAAGAUCAAGACUACUAAUCCAAAGAAAUAUUGUGUCAGACCAAAUACUGGAGUUAUUGAUCCACAUUCAGCAUGUGAAUUUUCAGUUACUAUGCAAGCACCAAAGGUAGCUCCUCCAGACAUGAUAUGCAGGGACAAAUUCUUAGUUCAAAGUACAUAUGUCCCAGAGGGAACAAAGGAGGAAGAUGUCACCUCUAACAUGUUUGUUAGAGAUGGUAAAGUUGUUGAUGAAAAGAGGCUUAAAGUGAUCCUCAUAUCUCCACCAGACUCACCUGAAUCAUCACCAAUCAAUGAAACAUUAAAGAUUGUGCAAAAAGAUGAUGACAGAGAAGUGAAAGAUGAAAUUGUUCAAAAACAUACCUCUCAUUCCAAGGUUGAUGAGGGCAUGGAAAUGUCCAAAGGAGAUGCUAAAAAUGUAGAGGUAAUAAAGAAAGAAGAACCUAUGAAAAGGAAAGAAGAAGUUGUAAAAAGGAAUGAAGAACCUGUUAAAAAGAAAGAAGAAGUUGUAAAAAAGAAUGAAGAUUAUGUAAUACAGAACAGAGAUUUUAUAAAAAGAAAUGAGGAAUCUGUGCAGAUGAAUGAUAUGGAAGUGCUGAGAUUAGCUAAAGCUGUUGAAGAGAUGAAGUCAAUAGUCAAAGGACUCGAAUCAAAUCUUACCGAGGCUAAAGCAACUAUUUUACAUUUAACAGAAGAAAAAAGAUCGGCUGCUCAAGAGAAACACUUCUUACAGGGAGAAUUGGAUUUGCUGAGAAGUAAGAGACAUAGGGCACAGGUGGGAUUUCCAUUGCUGUUUGUCUUUAUGGUGGCACUUGUGAGCCUUUAUUUCGGGUACCUGUUGCACCCCUAGUGCCUUUCUUUUUCUUAUGUUUAUAAGCUACAUCCUACUACUACUACUACUACUACUACUACUAGUGUCUAUAUGCCCCCAACUUCUCUCAAUAAAGUCUCUACUACUGCUAAAACUCUUGUGUCCAUAUAGUUUUGAGGGUCAUUUUGGUCUUUUGGUCUUGGUUGGUGUUCUUAUAGGAGAAUAUAUAAUAUGAUGAUAUGUAGACGUGAUGAGAAUUAGAGACAUGAUCUCUUUUGUUUCUGCUUAAGUUCGUUUAGUAGUCCAAACUAAUUGGAGACGGAGUAAUGGUUGUUUUAAUGUUUACUUGUUCUCGUUUUGUGCUUA